GAUAAGACUGUACGCAUGCGCGAAACGUCACGAGCUUUAGAAAAAAAAAUGGACUGAAAGGAAACGUAGUUGAAAAAAGAUUACCCAAAAUGCCCCAGCAGUCGGGAAGUAGCAGGCGGGGAAUAAGAAAUGAAAACCAUGCGGGGACCCAUCUAGCAAUAUUUGGCGCUUUUCUAAAGCUAAGAAAGAUAGUUGAACUGUAGAAAUACCGAGUGAAAAGCUCCUUAUUUACUAGGAAAAUGAUACAGUUUAGUUCCUGCAUGUUUUGAGACCUUGGAUUUGGCCCUCACGCGGACAUGAAGGCUAACUGACGUCUGAUAUUGUAUUGCGUUAGCAAAGGUUUCUCAGUUGUGCUGUGAGUUCAAAUAGCCUAUAAAUGGUAAAUGCGCAUUUCUUAGGAGAACAUGUCUGGCUUUAACUUUGGAACAGGGACUCUAGGCCCUAGUAACAUGGGCGGAGGAUUCACAUUCGGGGCCGCUACCAGUGCACCUGCAGCCAGCACUGGUGGCUUUUCUUUUAACACUGCUCUGGGAACAGCCGCUGCGACCCCUGCCGCCCCCGCUGGCACCACUCCAUCACUUGGUCUUGGAGGCAGUCUGUUUGGUCAGAAACCUGCUGGAGGAUUCUCUUUUAAUACACCUGCCUCAAGUGCUGCUGCUGCACCCACAACAGGCCUUACAUUAGGUGCUCCAGCUACUACUGCUGCCACCACUGGCUUUAGCUUGGCCUUCAACAAGCCCACUGCUUCAGCCACUCCCUUCUCCCUCUCCACCAGUACCCCCUCAUCAACUACAGGGGCCGGCCUAACAUUUGGUUCAGUCCUUACAUCCACAGCCCCACAGCAGCAAGCUGCCACAGGCUUCACCCUUGGUCUCGGUGGCACAACGACCUCCUCGGCAGCUUCAACAGUGCCAUCGCUGGGCGCAGGUCUCUUCUCAAACACUGGGGCUACUGGAUUGGGUCAGAGCACUCUUGGAGGAGGAGGGUUAACAUUGGGUUCUCUCUUGGCCACCUCAACAGCUGCACCAGCUGCUCCUGCGCCCAGUCUUGGCCUCGGCGGGGUUGACUUCAGCACUUCCUCCGAGAACAAGAGUGACACAUCAUCUGGAGCCAAUGCUCAAGACAGCAAAGCUUUGAAAGAUGAGAAUCUCCCAUCUGUUAUCUGCCAAGAUGUUGAAAAUUUCCAAAAAUUUGUCAAGGAACAGAAGCAAGUUCAGGAGGACAUCAGCAGGAUGUCAUCAAAGGCCAUCUCCAAAGUCCAAGAUGACAUCAAGAACCUCAAACAGCUUCUCUCCGUUAGUGCCAGUGGUCUGCAACGCCAAGCUCUGGCCAUUGACAAACUAAAGCUGGAGACGGCACAGGAGCUGAAAAAUGCCGACAUUGCGCUGCGGACCCAAAAGACGCCCCCUGGACUUCAGCAUGAAAACACGGCUCCCUCCGAUUAUUUCCGUAGCCUGGUGGAGCAGUUUGAGGUGCAGCUCCAACAGUACAGGCAGCAGAUAGAGGAGCUGGAGAACCACCUGACCACUCAGAGCAGUGGCUCCCACAUCACUCCUCAGGAUCUUACUUUGGCCAUGCAGAAGUUGUACCAAACAUUUGUCGCCCAAGCUGCCCAGCUUCAGUCUGUCCAUGAGAAUGUCAAGAUUUUGAAGCACCAGUACCUUUCCUACCGCAGAGCCUUCCUUGAAGACUCCACUGACGUCUUUGAAUCCAAACGGGCGUCCAACAGGAAAUGGCAGAACGCGCCACAAGUCACAACCGGGCCGGCCCCGUUCUCCGGUGUGCCCAAUGCUGCAGCUGUCGCCAUGGCAGCCACACUGACCCAGCAACAGCAGCCAACUCCAGGGACCCAGGCACCCUUGGGGGCAGGGUUUGGAAACCCUUUUGCCUCAGCAGUGGGCACUAGCUUGGGCUCUUCUACCAUUGGAGGUUUUGGUGGUGGGCCUGGAUUUGGUGGGGUGGGGACUGGGGGGUCUUCUUUUGCCUUCUCCUCCACCAGUAAGCCUACAGGAGGCAGUCUGAGUGCAGGAUUCGGCAGCACCAGCAGCAACACAGGCUUCAACUUCAGCAACCCCGGAAUCAACCCGUCCGUCGGCCUGACGUUUGGUGUAUCUAACCAACCUGCUGCAGGCUUCGUCACAGGAGCACCCCUCCUCCAGCUAAAGAAGCCCCCUGCUGGUAAUAAAAGGGGCAAAAGAUAGAAGAUGGAAAGCUGCGACAAAGCGACUGAGUAAUUGUGGGGCUUGUACCAAAGUAGCCCUGGCCUCCCAAAAGCAUAAAGGUAGUGCUACAAUGGCCAUUAUCCAACGAUAGAACAGGAAUUACAGUUUGAGGGAGUACAACAGAGAUGACCAGUCAUCGAGUGGUUUUACCUAGAACUGGAUUUAACUAUGGAAAUUUGUAAGAGAAUUGAAAACCAUCCAGAGCCAUCCCUCUCUGAUGAUUUAGACAGUAUCGAUAUGUUUGCCCCAUCAUCUUCAUUUGUUUUUCAGUAAACGAAUAACAAUAUUUCUUUAGACUUUAUUGAUUAUGACAUUUCCAAAAGAAUUGGAGGAUGUGAGGGCAUAGGAACAGCGAGCAUUAAUUGACCCAACAUUGCCGAGUGUUUUCUGCUCGCCGUAGUGAAAACGUGCCCUCCGGAUUGCCAAACCAAAACAGAGCUGGGUCAUUUACACAUGUAUCAGAUAUCCUUUGAGGAUUUGGAUCUUCCUGUAUAUUGUGCAAGAUUGAACUUGACUGUGUAGCUGACCACAUUUUGCCGUCAAAUCACAAAAACUGCACUCGAACGCUUAACAGAUAAGGCUUUAUCCAAGGCUCGCCCACCAAGAGGUACGCCUAGUAAAGGGAAAGAACUGAAUAAGAUAAGUUUGUUGGCUGGGGAGCAACAUAGUCCCUGUCUGAAAGUCCCAGUGUGGGGUAUUAUCUGUUCUAACAUAGUUUUAUAGGUGCAAGUGGGUGGGAGUUCGGAGAGACAGUUUUAUUUUUAUAUUAAUGGAUGAAAUUUGGGAAAGGUAUGGAGGGACUAACACCUUUGUCUAGUCUUUGUUUUUGCUGCAGUCCAUCCAUCGUGUAUAUUUUUUUCUUUUCUUUUUUCAGCCACAGUUUCUUAGGCCGAUCUGCAUCACUGUAUAGUAAAAACUUUGUAUAGGAAACACUGUCCUCUUUGUCUUUAACACCACAGUAGAUGUCACAUUAGUUGGAGCUUCACAAGAACAUUUUGCUUACUCAUCUUCUACAUGUGCAAGAACAAAUUUGCACUAGCCAGUGUAUGUGACCUGACAGUGAUUUUGUGUAAGUGCAUGUCACACAAGUAAGAAUUUGUCUAUCAUGUCUGUGUUGUGAGCAUUGGGAGUGGUUGACCUUUUUUUUUCUUUCCCAAUGUCCUUGUCCCUUUGGUUACCAAAAUUGCUAGAUGUAUUCUUGUUUUAUAAUCACAGUCUGUGGAAACCUGUAUUUUCAAGAUGCCGUUUAAUAAUAAAUUCUUUUGCCUGUUUUAUGGCAGCAUUUCACUCAAUGUGUGAUUUAAGUUUUAGUCCUGUUUUUUUCCUGUGUGGGCUAUCUAAGGCUUGCAUGGUUGUGUACGUUUUAAGACAUUUGUAGCAGCCAGGGUUGAACCCUGGAAAUGAAUAC